AUGGGAUCAGAAAGGAUUGCCCUUCCUGCAAUGAAAUCUGCGCUUGUUCCGUUCCGCCCAGCUGAAAAUGUGACGCCUGCGCUGUCUAGAGCCAGCCAGAUCGACGACCCGAUUGAGACCACUUAUGUCAGAAUGCUCAGGGAAGAGGCAGAAAUGCACAUCAGCUUCAAUAUCACGGUCGGUGUGGCUAAUUGGGCACUGCUGGCCGGUUAUCUCGUCAUCCCCGGCACGUUCACUUCACUGCAAACUUCAAACCAGGUCGAAAAGGCUUUGCAAGUCAACAAAGCCGGUCGUACCGUGCUGCAUACCAUCCAGAACCCUCCAUUACUCGGGAUUGCGUGCCUUCUUCUUGUGAGUGGCAUUGGAGCUCUCAUGUGGCUGAUGCACUUCCCAAAGCUCAGGAGAAACUACCUAUGGCUGGUCAAUAAACUCUUUGUGCCUCUAUGCUUGAAUGCUGCCGCCGGGCUGCUGACCACUGUCAUCAACGUGUCACUUCUGGCAAUCUACAAAUUCUACAAGUUGGAGGAGAUUAUAAAAGAAGAUGAGUAUAUCAGGCGUUUUCGAGCUGCGAUCUCAAAGUGA